AUACAGCUGUAGCAGCACCUACUGGUAUAGCAGCAUUUAAUAUAGAUGGUUUGACAGUUCAUAGAUUGCUUCAAUUACCUGUUGAACAUCAUACUCCUAAAUAUAAACAACUAUCUGAUCAUGUAUUAAAAGUUUUACGAGCAGAUCUUAAAGAUGUUAUUCUUUUUGUGAUUGAUGAAGUUGAUUGCGAUGAUGGUUGGUUUGGUCAAAAGCACAUUCUUUUAUUCGGAGACUUGCUUCAACUACCUCCUGUACACGAAGAUCCUAUCUUUAUGCAUUUAUCCGAUGAAAAAAUUGCUAAACAUCUUGGUUCCUUAAGUGCUGUUAAUUUAUGGACUACAUUAUUUGACUAUGAUGAAUUGAUAAUCAAUAUGCGCCAGCAAGGAGAUGACUCUUACCAUAAUGAAGUUAAUAUAAAUGAUUAUAAUCCUGUUCUUCUUACUGCAUGGGAAGGUAAUAUGGAUAUACAAUUUAUUGGUGAAAAAUCAUCACUGCUUACCUGGUACAUUACUAAAUAUAUGAAUAAAGCGGGAAAAAGUGAAUUGUCUGAUACUAUCCUUGAUAGUAAGAAUAAUAAAAACAAAUCAUUAGCGAGUUGUCUUUGGAAUAUCGCUUUACGAUUUACGAAUAAUAGAGAAUGUGGAGCUCUCGAAGCUGCUGAUACACUGUUAGGUAUUCCUUUAUGUGGAACUGAUCGAAACACGACUAUUAAAUGGUUAGAUGUUAACCAGAUACGAUAUAGAAAAUUAAAAAAUCGCAAAGAAAUUGAAGCUCUCGAUGCUGAAUCUACAGAUAUAUUUUAUCCAUCUUUAAUAGAUAAUCAUUAUCCACAUAGACCAAACGAACUAGAAAAUAUGUCUCUUUAUGAAUUUGCACAAUGGUACGAUAUCUCGAAAAUAAAACCGAAAAAUGAGGAUAUUGAAUAUUAUAAAAUAGAUAAUGGUUAUUAUCUUAAACGGCGACAGCGUGGAUAUCUUAUUAAUCAUUAUAGAUAUGAUGUUAAUACACAGCCAGAAAAUUAUUUCUUUUCGUUAUUGCUUAUGUUUCAACCAUGGCGAAAAUUGGAGGAUCUUAGAAAUGAAUGCGACACUUAUGCCGAAUCGUUUCACAAAAAACAACAGUCUCAGGAUGAUCCUGAAAAUCCGAUAGGUAUUCAAAAUAUAGAGGCUGGUGAAGCGAUGCAAGAUUUUAAAGAUCUUGGUGAUAAAGUAAUUCGAGAAAUCGAUGUAUCUGAAAUGAUAGCAAAAUUAAAUAUGGAUCAAAAACGAGUAUUCGAUAGAGUUAUUAAUACUGUAGAUUCAGAUAAAUCAGUAUUACGAUUAUAUGUUAGCGGAGAAGGUGGUACUGGAAAAAGUUUCUUAAUCAAGACUAUUAAAUGCUGGAUAAAACAAAAUCUUAACAAAGAUACUGCUGUAGCAGCACCUACUGGUAUAGCAGCAUUUAAUAUAGAUGGUUUGACAGUUCAUAGAUUGCUUCAAUUACCCGUUGAACAUGGUCAUACUCCUAAGUAUAAACAACUAUCUGAUCAUGUAUUGAAAGUUUUACGAGCAGAUGUUAUUGAUGUUAUUCUUUUUGUAAUUGAUGAGGUGUCAAUGAUAUCUAAUUUGACUUUAAUGUAUAUACAUCUUCGAUUGUCUGACACUAGUGAUACUAGUGAUUGCGAUGAUGGUUGGUUUGGUCAAAAGCACAUUCUUUUAUUCGGAGACUUGCUUCAACUACCUCCUGUACACGAAGAUCCUAUCUUUAUGCAUUUAUCCGAUGAAAAAAUUGCUAAACAUCUUGGUUCCUUAAGUGCUGUUAAUUUAUGGACUACAUUAUUUGACUACGAUACUACAUUAUUUGAUUACGAUGAAUUGACAAUCAAUAUGCGCCAGCAAGGAGAUGACUCUUACCGUAAGUUAUUAUCAAGAAUUCGUAUUGGUUUAUUGACAAAAUCUGAUUGUAAGAUUCUCGAAAAUAGAAAAAUAUCUUUCAAAGGAGAUUCUUUCGAAUUUAGAUUAAACGAAUUAUGCAAUUUCAUUAACAAUCUGCCAUCAGAUACCGUUUGUUUACUGCCUACUUGUCGUAUGUGUGAUGUUCUCAAUGAUGCAAUGUUAAGUCGCAUUGUUUCUAAAGAAAUAUUAUUAAUUGCUGAAGAUACAAUUGAAUGUGUUCCAUAUAUAAAAAAGAAAGUAUUAAAAGUAUUGUCAAAUAAUGAUGAUGAUAAUAAUUCUAGAACAGCUGGGCUUUCAAAACAAAUAACAAUUAAAAUUGGAGCAAAAGUUAUGAUACGGCGUAAUAUUGAUGCUAGUUUGGGUCUUGUAAAUGGUACAAUCGCUACAGUGAUUUCAAUUGUACAAGAUAUAUCUACUGAUUCUGUAGAAAAGAUUAAACUUCUUUUACCGUCAGGUUUAGAAUAUUUAAUUGAAAGAGUAAGUGUUAAAUUUGAGGUGAUUGAUAGAGCGUAUGUUAUCAGAAAACAAUUUCCAUUAUCUCUGAAUUAUGGAUCUUUGCAAAGUGCUAUUAUGGGCAUUAGUAACUCUGUAUUUAAUUGUAGUCAAAUUUACGUUGCAUUGUCGCGAGUAACAUCUCUAAAAGGCUUGCAUUUGAUUAAUUACGAUUCUUCAUCGGUAAUAGCUAGCGAAGAAGCUAUCAUCGAAUAUAAUCGUCUAAAAGGGAUACAUAAACCCAAAGCAGAAAUAAUUACCGUUUCAAAAGAGCGUUAUCGCAAAGUAAAAGAUAUCCUAUGGGCAUUACCAAAAGUAAUCACUUCUGUCCAAAAAUCACAUGAAAAAAUUCGAAAAAGUACUGCUUGGGUCAUACAUGGUUUUCAAAAUACAGACGAGGUUUCAUGCUAUGCAAAUGUGGUAUUGCAAUGCUUAUUGCAUUUAAAUGUCAUUAGACAACAAUUGUUUAAUUGCGAUAUAUCAGAUGUUUUACGUAUAUUAAUGCAUCGAUAUGAAAAUGGAAUGCGUAAUUUAAAUACAUAUGUAAUACGACAAUGUUUAGGAGAAUAUUUUUCGAGCACUGCAAAACGAAAUGCAUCUGAUUUUCUUAUAGCUCUUUGCGAAAAAUAUGAUCGCAUAAAAAGUUUAAUAGAAUAUCAAGUAACUUCUACCGUGCGAUGCAAAACUUGUGGUAAUACAAAAACUAUUGUUGAUAAUAAUAUUAUUAUUUCGAUUCCUGUUAAUAAUUUAUUAAAGAAGAAAAGUUAUACUCUUAAUGAUUUAUUAAAUGUUACGUUUUCACAUUGGUAUCAAUCACACAAUGAAUCAUGUCAACAUUGUACUGGAAAUGAUAUAAUAAUUAAAAAUGAAAUAACAUUGACAAGAGAGAUAGUUGUUAUUCAUUUAAUAUUAUUUUCACCACAGGAUGAUAAAUUAAUGAAAGCAGAACACAAAUUUAACUUAUGUGCUGUCCCAACAACUAAAGUAUUAUUAGCUGGACAAUUAUAUAAGACAAUGAAUGCUAUACUUCAUCAUGGUUCAUGUAUUGAUGAAGGUCAUUAUAUAAGUAUUUGUAGGGAAGGAGUAUCUAAUAUUUGGGUCGAAGCUGAUGAUGCGCAAGUUAAGAAAAGACAGUGGCCUAGAGGUGCUAAAGAUGUUUAUAUAAUAUUUUUAGAAAAAAUGGCUAAUAAAUAAUAUGUAUCA